UUAUGUGUACCAGUGAAUGAGUGAAAUAUGAAUAUUACCAAAAAAUACUAAAAAGUAUCAUAACCAUUAAAAUUCAACAUGUCAUUAAUUUCCUUGGCCUCAAUUAUACUGAAGAGAGGUGGGACUUACCGAACAUUAUUACCAUGUCGAGACUGUAUCAAAAUAAACGCACCAUUCAGCUCGGUUGCAAUAAAAUCUGUGCAUGAAGUUAAUACCAACGUUGUAAAAGACGUUAUUCUGUACAAAUAUGAGAACCCUAAAUAUUUUAAGUACAUGAACGUGUUUGCAGUAGUGCAGUACAUGUUUUGGAUGUAUUUAGGAGCGUUCGCGUUCACAUCGCUGAAGGAUGCACCUGUUGACCGGUCGACGAUAACAGACGACACCCCGUGGUAUAGAAGGAUAAAUCUUGGUGAUAAUAAGUACAGGAAUACGCUUGGUGGCGUAGCUGUGCUAGUUGGCACAGGCUCUCUAGCAAUGGUAUGGAUGUACACCCUAAAAUCAGUCCGCUACCUCGUCCUCCACAAGGGAGGCAAACAUCUAUCCUUUGUAACCUAUGCUCCAUUCGGGAACAACCGCAUCAUGAAGGUACCCAUAGAAAACGUCUGUUGCAAGGAAGCUAGGAAGAAUGCUAGGGUUCAACUACCGUUGAAGGUGAAAAAUACCUGGAUGCAUUAUAUGCUGGAUAUGAAAGGAGAGUUCAAGAACCCCAUUUUGUUUGACGCUACCGCUGGAUUGGCUAGGAAAUGGUAAUUUUGGUACCAUUUAUGUGAGUUUUUUUAUGGACUUAGGCGCAAUUCAUUUAUUACGUAUUUUUGCCAGUUGUUUACCCCCUCCCCCCCUAUGUAAGAAAAAUUAAGAAUAGGCUAACCCCCUCCCCCUUACAAUCUACAUUACCAUAUAUUACGUUAGAAUCCAAAGGAAAAAAUUCGUACCUACACGUUUGGUUGGUUUUAGUGUAUAUUUAAAAAAAAAAAACAUUUUUAGAAUGUUUAUUUGUACCUACAAAGGUACUGGAGCCCGUUUAAGCUAACUCUGCACUGUGUUUGAUAGCAUAAAAUGUAGAAGUAUUAUUUUAAACGCAUUACAUAGAAAUUGUGAUCUUACGUAAGAACUAUGCAAACCCCCUCCCUCGCCUUUGUAAGAAAAAAUAAGAUAUGUUUGACUCCCCUCCUCCCCUAAAUCGUCUUACGUAAUAAAUGAAUGGCACCUUAUGAAUCACUCAUGUAGAUUUCACAGAACAGAACUUGUUAUCUACAAAUGAAGACCCACAAAGUAGAGUCGAGAAAAAUGUAAAAUUGAUUAUUUACAUUCUGCAUUUAUAUCAAACACAAAACUUGCAUUGGGUUACUUUGAAAGCGGGGUAAUUUUGAAAAUGUCAAAUAUCUAGUAAACUAGAAGCACUUCAUACUUUAGCAACACCAUAGAAUAAAUAAUAGUACUAGGUACAGAAGGUUCACUCUCUAACAAAACGCGUCUACGAGUAUUACGACAGAUAUGACCGCAAGGUGGCGCAAGCGCGUGCAGGCGUCCGUUACAUAGCGGUGAGCGGCAACUACUACUGCUAGACACCAAAAUUGGUGUGGGCUGCAUGUACUUGUAGCGACGCGAAGUGAGCCACGCCUGGCAAUUCUUAUGCUACUGCAACGCAUACGCAUUUUCAAAAUUACACCGCUUUCGAAGUUAUACCAAUGCACCUACUUUGUAAUUGAUAUGAGAUAGAUAAUCUUAUUACAUUUUUUUUA